CUCCACCCACCCACCCCCACACUGGCUUGACGCGGCGAACCUGGCGGCCCCCGACCCGAUACAAAGCGAGCAAUCAUUUGUUUCCCGUCGCUGCCUUUCACACUGUCAACAUCCAUGGCCCACUGCCAGGACCGAGGCAGCAAUUCGCGGCGUGGAAGUUUGGCCCACGGCACCUUUGAGGACGAGGAGCUGUCGUUAUCCUUGACUGCCAUCGACCCCCGGAACCCGGCCACGACCACGAACCAGCAUCUACGCGACGACAGCACCGGCCGGCCUCGAUCCAAGCAUAGUCACAGUCACAGUCGCCGCCAUUCGCAACACGCACAGCAUCAGAGUCAGAAUCAGAAUCAGAACCAGCAGUCCUCCCCAUCCGCCAUGCCACCCACCGUCCACCGCAGCGGCGGCGGCGGCGGCCCCAAUUCCAUGCCUGCGGAUGGAAGCACCAGCAGCAAGAUCCGAGUCGAUCAGCGCAUCAGCGCUUACGAGAUCAGCAAAACACUCGGCGAAGGUUCGUUCGGCAAGGUUAAGUUGGCCGUACACAAAGGAACAAAGCAAAUGGUCGCUCUCAAGAUCAUCUCGCGCAAACGCCUCGCUAGCACCGAUAUGGCCGGUCGCGUCGAGAGGGAGAUUGAGUACCUGCAGCUUCUCCGCCACCCCCACAUUAUCAAACUUUAUACCGUUAUUAAGACCGACAACGAAAUCAUAAUGGUCCUGGAAUAUGCCGGAGGGGAGCUCUUCGACCAUAUAGUCACCAAUGGCCGUCUGAGUGAGAACGAAGCCCGGCGCUUUUUCCAGCAGAUGUUGUGCGCUGUAGAGUACUGUCACAGGCACAAGAUUGUCCACCGUGAUCUCAAGCCCGAAAACCUGCUAUUGGAUGAUAAUCUCAACGUCAAGAUUGCCGAUUUUGGUCUUAGCAACAUCAUGACGGACGGAAACUUUCUCAAGACGAGUUGCGGAAGCCCAAACUAUGCAGCGCCUGAAGUUAUUAGCGGAAAGCUCUACGCGGGAUCCGAGGUGGACGUCUGGAGCUGUGGUGUCAUCCUGUAUGUCCUGCUGGUUGGCAGGCUACCUUUCGACGAUGACCAUAUCCCCACGCUCUUCUCCAAGAUCGCCAGGGGAACAUAUGUUGUGCCCCACUGGAUGAGUCCAGGCGCUGCCGCGUUGAUCAAGAAGAUGCUUGUGGUGAACCCUGUCAACCGUGCCACUAUCACCGAAAUACGGCAGGACCCCUGGUUUACAACCGAUCUGCCAGAGUAUCUACAGCCUCCCAUAGAGCCAUUCUUCAACACGGGCAUAGAUCCGGAGAAAGCAAUUCGCCCCAGCGAUAUUGCUCCAAAUGCUCCUCCAAAGGUUCAGGAAAAGCUUCAUGCUGAAGUCACUGACAAAAUUUCCAAGACCAUGGGUUACGGCAAGCAGGACGUUCUCGAUGCUCUGGAAGCCGAAGAGCCUUCCGCAAUUAAGGACGCUUAUAUGAUUGUGCGCGAAAACAAGAUGAUGCAGAGUAACCCAGCCCUUGGGGGAGACAACCCGUUCUUUGCGACUACACCUCUGGGCGAUGAAAAUGGAUCUGCUGGUAUCUUAGAGACCAUGGAUUCUGGAGUGUCAGCUCCUAGUCACGACCCUAAUGCAAGCCCCAUGACCAGCAUGUCCGUCCGGUCAGCCACAUCCAGUACUCUCAGUGCCGCCUUGGCAUAUCAACGACCAUACACGAGCAAGAUUGGUAUUCUCCCCAGCAGCUUACCAGCAUACCAUAACGCGUACAUGGAAAGUGAGAAGUCUGGCACGGCUCAGGACCUACCGCCUGAUUUGAUGGCACUGAAUGAGCCGCCGGCGCCAGCCAGGACUCCAGCCGAACAGGAGGAGACUUCGAGGAGACUGCGGCCUCACGCGCGCAGCAGCCAGGGCGCCGCUGAUUCGAAACCCCAAAGUUUGACACCCUCAAACGCUCCCAAGAAAACCAAACCUACGCGAUGGCAAUUUGGUAUACGCUCACGAAACGCACCAUUCGAGGCUUUGCUGUGUAUCUACAAGGCCCUCAAAAAGCUUGACUGCUCGUGGAAAAUCGACCGAGACUAUCACAAGGUUCAUGGCGAUGAGAACGACAAACAUCGCUCAAGAGGUGACGCAGGUACACCUUAUAUAUUACCGGCAGAUCCAUGGCAUAUAGAAGCACGCUGGGAGACGGGCCCUCUUCGAACCCACUCUGUCAUGACGGAUCCAAAGAACUCAGCUGCAUUCCCGGGCGGCAAACUGAGGGUUCAGAAAAAGCACAGCAACAACAGUUCGGAAGACGAUGACGAGGAAGCAAACGCCACUUAUGAGGUGAUAGCCAUGCGACUUUCCAUCCAGAUCUACGAGAUGGAGAGUGGCGUGUACCUGGUGGACUUUAAAUGUGCAGGCUAUGAAUUGCCUGAUGGUAGGCUGAUGGAGGAAAAGGACGUGACUAGUCCAUUCCCCUUCCUGGACCUGGCGGCCCGGCUCAUUAUUCAGCUUGCCGAUGCAGACUAGGAGAGCAUCGUUUGCAGUUUUCGACGCCGUCGCCAGUUUUUUGCCGAUCUCAGAAGUCGUCCCAAGGUCUCGAGGAGAUGGUCUUAUUGACCAUAUCUGUGUCAUGCUGGUCUCCAAAAUAUUUGGUAGUACCAAGGAUGAACAGCUCUUGACUUUGUUGCUUCAGAAAAGAUCUGCUAUCAGUCCCAUGGGAAAAUAUUUGAGAAUCGAGCUGGCUUUAUCAGAAAACCACCGACACCCUCAAAAACUCAGCCGCUAGCAUUUUACUUCUAGCAUCAGUACUUCCAUAUGUUUUAUCUUGCUGCAUCUUUAGCGUUCAAAAGAGCCGGUACCUUUUGCAUUUACAGAAUACAUCGGGGACCUGCUCCUAUUUGCGUUUGUAUUUGCGAAGCACCAGGUUUGUACAAUCUCACUUUAGGUAGCCAGCUCAAAACGGCAGGCUGUGGUUAUGGUUGGAAGAAGAAAAACUUUCAUUGGAGUUCAAACUCGGGGGUCCCAUGGUUUGAAUGGUCUUUUGUAUGGUAUUUGACAUAAACAUCGUCGGGAGGGAUCCUCGAUAUGAUUGAUGACUGGAGGGAUGGAAACGGUCAAAAGAGCAUUUGUGGCAAAUAUGAACCCAAGUCAGUGCGCUUUGCAUCGGCGCCUGCAGUAUAGUUAUCAC